CGCUCGUCCCCUACCAGCCAUCAAAUCUCACGAUUCCUUCUCUCUCUCUCUAUAAAUCUCUCUCCUCCCUCUCUCUAAAACUCCCCCUCUCUCUCUCUCUAAAACUCUUUCUCUCUCUAGAUUCUUGACAACAGCUGAAUAGUAUCUCUUCGUCAUGCUGAGUAGAAUGUUCACUGAAUGUGAUGGACAACUCAAUGUAAGCUUUGGGUACCAAUGUCUUGGACCGAGAUGGAAGGAAACCAACAAUGCUAAAGAGAUUUCGACGUUGGAGAAAGACAUAAAGAAACAAUCAAAUAAGAGUACUUUCUCUUGCUUAUCAGGGGCAGCUCUGAGUGCUAAUGUUACAUUAGCAAAUACAAAUAUUUGCAACGGUUUAAUAGGAACAGGGCUUUUGCCUGGUUUAGACUCUCCAAAAACAUUUCAAAGAGUUCCCUCUUCACCUUCACUUUCAAGUGCAGAUAUCUUAUCAACUUCUUUACAAAGCAAUGUUUCUAACCUUAGCAAUUGCUCAUCUCCUCAAAGUGAUGAUAUAGAGUGGGAUACAACUGCCUUAAGAUCGAUGAGUGCUCCUUCAAAAACUGAUGGCUUUCUCAAUGCUAUGGAAGUUCAAAUGGCUGGUGGUGCUGCGGGUGAAGAUAGAGUACAAGCUGUUUGUUCAGAAGAAAAUGGAUGGCUAUUUUGUGCUAUAUAUGAUGGAUUUAAUGGGAGAGACGCAGCUGAUUUUUUGGCUGGAAGUUUAUAUGAAAACAUUAGAAUAAACUUGAAUACAUUACAAAAUGGAGAAAAAGAGGAUGGAUUUAGGCAAAGUGUACUAUCCUGUCUUCAACAAGCACUUGAGCAGGCUGAAAAUGAUUUCUUGUAUUCGGUUGAGCUAGCGAUGGAUGGUCGUCCUGAUCUAGUUUCUAUCGGAUCUUGUGUUCUGGUUGUGCUCCUCUAUGGUCAAGACUUGUAUACACUUAGCUUAGGUGACAGUCGAGCUAUAUUGGCCACAAGUGAAGGUAUAACUAAUGGAUUAAUGGCUGUUCAGCUUAAUGAUUCUCAUUCAAUUGAUAAUGAAGUAGAACGCUCUCGCUUUUUAAGUGAUCAUCCUAAUGAGCCAGGUACAAUUAUUGGUGGAAAAGUGAAAGGGAGACUGAAACUAACUCGGGCGUUUGGGGUCGGGUAUUUAAAGAAGAAAAAAUUGAAUGAUGCUUUGAUGGGUAUUCUUCGAGUCCCAAAACUUGUAUCUCCCCCAUAUGUCUCUACUCAACCAUCACUUUGUGUGCACAAAGUUUCCGAAGGUGAUCAUUUUGGGAUUAUUGCUAGUGAUGGUUUGUUCGACUUCUUCAGCAAUGAGGAAGCUGUGAAUCUUGUACAAUAUUUUAUUCUCAAUUCACCGUCGGGUAAUCCAGCGGAGUUUCUUGUGCAGCAGCUUGUUUCGAAGGCUGCAAAAAAUGCAGGUUUGACUCUCGAAGAAUUGAUGAGAGUUCCAGCAGGCAGAAGAAGAGAAUACCAUGAUGAUGUUACUGUCAUUGUGAUUCUCCUUGGAAGCAAUCAUCGAACAGCGACUGCAUCUACAAACCAAUAAAUCACAUUCUUUCAUGACUAAAGAAAUUUUGACAGUUUUGUAGAUUAUUAAUCAUGUAUCGAUGAAUUACAUUCUUUCCUAGCGGCCGUAAGAGCCUCUUUGUACAGAUUAUCAGUAAGAAUUCUUGUGUUAGGUGACUCCAGAACAUUCAGAAUUCUAAUCUUUGUUCAUCAAGAAAAUUGAUUCUAGUCAUCAGAAUUGGGAUA